GAUUUUUCAUAUUCAAAAUGGCGCAAGGUCGGUCAAAUCACUCACGCGAAUAUCGGGAGUUACACUUCCGUGUCAUUCCUAUAUUCUUAUUCCGUUUAAUGAUAAAUAUAUCAUAUCAGUAGAAAAACUAACAUGGUAGCCGUCAUUAAAAAGAUAUCGAUAGCGAGAAGUUUUUAAAAACAUUGUUGUUGAAAGAGAAGGAAAAAGAUUGUGAGUGCGUCACAUAUUGUCAGAAAUAACAAAGAAAAUAUUGAGUAAAGACCCCAUACCUAGAAGACAGGGAAAGUAUGAAACCAUAACCUGUCUCCACCUGUUUUUCGAACUCUUCGAGGCAGCGAUUUUUUUUAUACGAAAUCUAACCAUGUCGGAUAAAACCGUUAUUAAGGGCAACCCGUCCGAAUAUGUAAAGUUAAAUGUGGGCGGUUGUCUUUAUUACACUACAAUUGGUACUUUAACUAAACAUGAUACAAUGCUUAGAGCUAUGUUUAGUGGAAGAAUGGAAGUUUUAACCGAUUCAGAUGGAUGGAUAUUAAUUGAUAGAUCAGGAAAACAUUUUGGAACAAUUUUAAAUUUUUUAAGAGAUGGAACUGUAACAUUACCAGAAACUAGUAAAGAGCUUGCAGAAUUACUAGCCGAAGCAAAAUAUUAUUGCAUAGCUGAAUUAUCAGAGCCGUGUAAUCAAGCUUUACAAAAACGAAAAGAACGCGAAGCAGAACCAAUAUGCAAAGUUCCAUUAAUAACAUCCCAAAAAGAAGAGGAAAUGUUAAUAAGUUCAACCACAAAACCUGCAAUUAAACUUUUAAUAAACAGGCACAAUAAUAAAUAUUCUUAUACUAGCACAUCUGAUGAUAAUCUUUUAAAAAACAUUGAGUUAUUCGAUAAAUUAUCUUUGUGGUAUAGCAAAAGGGUACUUUUCAUAAAAGAUGUUAUUAGUACGAGCGAAAUUUGUUGUUGGGUGUUUUAUGGACAUGGAAAAAAAAUGUCUGAGGUUUGUUGCACAUCUAUUGUUUAUGCAACAGAUAAAAAGCACACAAAAGUUGAGUGUCCAGAAGCGAGAAUUUUUGAAGAAACACUUAAUAUCUUAUUGUAUGAAAGUAGAAGCCCCCCCGAUCAAGAAUUGAUGCAAGCUAUGGCUAGAGGGGCUGUCUCGGUGAUGUCGUCUUAUACAAGUGAUGAAGAAGAAGAGAGGUCUGUAGAAAGAAUGCGGACUAAUAAAAAUAGUCAAACUUAAAUAUAUUGAGGUAAAAUUAUAUGGGUGUGUUAAAUGUAUAGAAAUAUUAAUAAUAAA